CUGCCUUAUCCGUUUCUCGUUCUCGCAGAACCCUUCAACCUUGAAAAGUGCCAACAACAGCUGCAGUCUAUUUAUAACACCGUGAGCAAGGUGAAAAUCAUCCCGUGGGACGAAUGCUCUGCCAUUCAUAUUGAUGACAUCUACACGCAAUUAUCCUGGGUCAGGGAUGACAGGAAACCCAGUGGAGUGACACAAGAGGAACUGGAAGACUACAUCGACAUAUUCAAGGGCGACAAGCAUCGUCCUAAUCCAAAGCGACUUCUGGUGUAUGGACGGCCAGGUAUAGGAAAAACCACAUUUUCCAAAAAGACUGCUUUCGACUGGGCUAAACAGAGGAAAGGAAUCCUAAAGAAAUUUGAUGUUGUGCUGCUGAUUAAGUUGCGAGAUGUGUGUGAUUUGAAAGAUAUCCGUGAUGUUCUAAGAGCUUCCAAACUGCUGGCUAGUGAUGAAGUGGUUUCAGUUGAUGAUGUCUAUGAUUACAUACUUCAUAAUCAAGAAAAGGUGUUACUCAUUUUGGAUGGCUAUGAUGAGUACUUCUGUACUUGUGAGCAAUCCCCUGUCCGUAACAUUUGGGAGGGCACGCUACUGAGGGAUUGCCAUGUCAUUAUGACCACACGGCAAGAAAAAGCUGACGAAGUAAGAUUUCCCAGCCACGUGCAAUUUCAAAUAAACGGUUUCAAGAGUAACGAUCAGGUCAGAGCGUUUGCAAGUAAGUUUCUGAGAGAUGAAGAAGAAGUUGAAGAGUUUCUAAGCUACUUACACAAAAAACAUUUGAAAGGCAUGGCAGAAAUACCUCUCCUCUUGUUGAUGCUCUGUUUAGUCUGGAAGGAAAGUCACCUUAGGGGACUGCCAAAAUCAAGGGCCGUCAUUUACACAAGUUUCCUUCAAACCUUACUCAAUCACUCUAUCGAAAAACAUGUAAAAACAAAGCAAUUUAGAAAAAUAGACGACCAUAAAGAAGAGCUCUGUACAUUAGGCAAACUUGCCUUUGAUGCACUUUUGCAAGAUUUUCUUUCUUUUCCUUUUAGCAAACGGCCUAACGGCAUUUUAGUUACGAAAUUAAUUGAAGUCGGUUUGUUUCAUGUCCUAAAUGUAUCAAGUCUAAAUCCCGAGCAAGCUGUAUAUUUUAUACAUAAAUCAGUACAGGAAUUCCUUGGAGCUUUAUAUCUCAAGGAGGAGUUGUUAAAAGAAGAAAGUGCAACCUGUCUGUCCGAUGUUGGCUCGUUAGCAAAGAUUGUCAAGAUGAUUGAAGUUCUUAAAUUUGCUUGUGAGCUGUCAGCAGAUGCGGCAUGCGCUGUUCUGAGUCAUCUGGGGAUCGUAGGAAAGAAGGAAGGUCUGACAAAGUACAACUUCACUGAAACACCUUGCAUUGAAGAUUUGUCUAAAGACCAAAAGCAGUUUCUAACCCUUAUUUCACAAUGCUUUUUUUGCUGCGCAUCCGAGAAGAGGCGAGAUCUCUAUCCUAUGUUUUUGUCCUACGUUGGAGGUGUUUUAUUCAUUAAUUCUGACCAGCUGCAUAGCGUUGCCAGCGAGCAUUUUCUGAAAUUUGCUGCGGCGCCUGAGUUCAUUUUCUUCUCUCACGGUAAACAUACAGAGCAAAUCUAUCGAGACCUGAUCACUGUGGUGGACGACCUCAGUGCUGUUGUUGUCAGCUGUUCGGGCGAAAAGAAAGCCUCGGAUUUCCUAAAAAAGUAUCGUUCAGUAGAUGAUUUUUUCCUCAAGAAAGAAGACGGGAAGAUAUACCUUUAUAUUGCUCAAAUUCAUGAUAGGCAUUCUGCAUUUCCCACUGAAAUGCUAAGAGAGCUAAUUUCAUUACCAGAGUCUACUCAGAAGAAGAAGUCGGUUAGUGACCAGUCAAAUAAACCAGACAACUGUGGCGCUUUGUGUUUGACUGAUAACACUGAUAGUGCCUGUGAUAACAUUCAACAUGGUCUCUCCCGUGUCUGGAGAUUUUUGAUUUCUGAUAUGAAAAGGCAAGAGAUGGAAACCCUCAUUGCCGUUUUAUCCUUUGUGACUUCUCCACGUAGUGUAAUCAUUUCUGGUGAAGGACUUGCUACUGAUCCUGUGUUGGUGGAGACACUGGUUUCACGUAUUAAAUUUACAAAUAGACUUGAUAGGUUGGAACUUCAGCAUAUCAAUUUGACAGCCAAGCCUGCUUCUGUCAUCGCAUCAUCUCUGUACCAGGCUCCUAACUUGUCUUAUCUCAACUUGUCAUCUAACCCUCUUGGUGAAGGAGUAAGUGAUCUCACGCGACAUCUCAGCCGAGCUUCUCAACUGGAGUUCCUACAGCUUCAUGGUGUUAAGAUGACAAAAAAACAAGUGAAUGAUUUGACUGAAGUUGUACGUCAGAGCAAGAUCCACGCCUUCUCGUCAUCUUACCACGUACGUUUUGCGUCUUUUGUUACUAUCUGUUUUAACUGUUUACCGUAAUAGUGAAAUA